GCGUGGACCGGGGCGGGCGACACUCCCCGCCUCCUCGGCCAUCUCGCCCGGCGCGGAACUCGGAAUGGAGGAGGCGGCGGGCCCAGCAGCUCCCCGAGCCAACUUCUGCCGGGCCGAACCCCGGGCUAGCGGGACUGAACCCCAAGAACCGGGAACCCGCGCCCUGGUCUGCGAGCGCGCUCUCGGAGCAACCACCCAGGCCUCCCCGUAUCCCGUGCUGGGGCUGCAGCCGUCCGGUGGGCCAGUGGCCCACGCAGACCAGUGUUUUAACUCAAAUGGGUGAUGAAAAGGACUCUUGGAAAGUGAAAACUUUAGAUGAAAUUCUUCAGGAAAAGAAACGACGGAAGGAACAAGAGGAGAAAGCAGAGAUAAAACGCUUAAAAAACUCUGAUGACCGGGAUUCCAAGCGGGAUUCCCUUGAGGAGGGGGAGCUGAGGGACCACCGCAUGGAGAUAACGAUAAGGAACUCGCCGUAUAGAAGAGAGGACUCCAUGGAAGACAGAGGAGAGGAAGAUGAUUCUUUGGCUAUCAAACCACCCCAGCAAAUGUCUCGGAAAGAAAAAGCUCAUCACAGGAAAGACGAAAAGAGGAAAGAGAAACGCAGGCAUCGUAGUCAUUCCACAGAAGGGGGGAAGCAUGCCAGAGUGAAGGAGAAGGAGAGAGAGCACGAGCGUCGGAAGCGGCACCGAGAGGAGCAGGACAAGGCCCGCCGCGAGUGGGAGCGACAGAAGAGGAGGGAGCUGGCGCGGGAGCACUCCCGGAGGGAGAGGGACCGCCUGGAGCAGUUAGAAAGGAAGCGAGAGCGGGAGCGCAAGCUGCGGGAGCAGCAGAAGGAGCAGAGGGAGCAGAAGGAGCGGGAGCGGCGCGCCGAGGAGCGGCGCAAGGAGCGCGAGGCCCGGCGGGAAGUGUCUGCACAUCACCGGACAGCGAGAGAGGACUAUGGCGACAAGGUGAAAGCCAGCCACUGGAGUCGGAGCCCACUCCGGCCGCCUCGAGAGAGGUUUGAGCUGGGGGACAGCCGGAAGCCAGUAAAAGAAGAGAAAGUGGAGGAGAGAGACCUGCUGUCCGACCUGCAGGACAUCAGCGACAGCGAGAGGAAGACCAGCUCAGCCGAGUCCUCGUCAGCGGAAUCAGGGUCAGGUUCCGAGGAGGAGGAGGAGGAGGAGGAGGAGGAGGAGGAGGAAGAGGGGAGCAGCAGCGAAGAGUCGGAGGGGGAGGAGGAAGAGGAGGAGGAGGAGGAGGAGGAGGAGACCGGGAGCAACUCCGAGGAUGCGUCCGCACAGUCAGCCGAGGAAGUGAGUGAAGAAGAAAUGAGUGAAGAGGAGGAGCGAGAGAAUGAAAACCACGUCCUGGUUGGUGAGAGGCCCCCCGAGUGGUGGUUCACCUCUUCCUCAUCUGCCCCUCACCUGGGUGCUGACCCACGUUUGAGUCUUCCAGAGUCACGAUUUGACCGCGAUUCUGGAGAGAGCGAAGAGGGGGAAGAGGAGGUGGGCGAGGGCACCCCGCAGAGCAGCGCCCUCACCGAGGGGGACUUCGUGCCCGACUCCCCAGCCCUGUCACCCAUCGAGCUCAAACAGGAGCUGCCCAAGUACCUGCCAGCCCUGCAGGGCUGUCGGAGUGUGGAGGAAUUCCAGUGCCUGAACAGGAUCGAAGAAGGCACUUAUGGGGUGGUGUACAGAGCUAAGGACAAGAAAACAGAUGAAAUCGUGGCUCUGAAGCGGCUGAAAAUGGAGAAGGAGAAGGAGGGCUUCCCGAUCACAUCGCUGAGGGAGAUCAACACCAUCCUCAAGGCGCAGCACCCCAACAUCGUUACCGUCAGGGAAAUCGUCGUGGGCAGCAACAUGGACAAGAUCUACAUCGUGAUGAACUACGUGGAGCACGACCUCAAGAGCCUCAUGGAAACCAUGAAGCAGCCUUUCCUGCCGGGGGAGGUGAAGACCCUGAUGAUCCAGCUGCUGCGUGGAGUGAAGCACCUGCACGACAACUGGAUCCUGCACCGAGACCUCAAGACGUCCAACCUGCUGCUGAGCCACGCUGGCAUCCUCAAGGUGGGGGACUUCGGGCUGGCGCGGGAGUAUGGGUCCCCUCUGAAGGCCUACACCCCGGUGGUCGUGACCUUGUGGUACCGUGCCCCUGAGCUGCUGCUCGGCGCCAAGGAGUACUCCACGGCCGUGGACAUGUGGUCGGUGGGCUGCAUCUUUGGGGAGCUGCUGACUCAGAAGCCGCUGUUCCCUGGGAAGUCGGAAAUCGAUCAAAUCAACAAAGUGUUCAAGGACCUAGGGACCCCCAGUGAGAAAAUCUGGCCCGGCUACAACGACCUCCCCGCCGUCAAGAAGAUGACCUUCACCGAGUACCCGUAUAACAACCUCCGCAAGCGCUUCGGGGCUCUGCUCUCAGACCAGGGCUUCGACCUCAUGAACAAGUUUCUGACCUACUUCCCUGGACGGAGGGUCAGCGCAGAGGACGGCCUCAAGCAUGAGUAUUUCCGCGAGACCCCCCUCCCCAUCGACCCCUCCAUGUUCCCCACAUGGCCCGCCAAGAGCGAACAGCAGAGGGUGAAGCGGGGCACCAGCCCCCGGCCACCAGAGGGAGGCCUGGGCUACAGCCAGCUGGGUGACGACGACCUGAAGGAGACGGGCUUCCACCUCACAACCACGAACCAGGGGGCCUCGGCCGCGGGCCCAGGCUUCAGCCUCAAGUUCUGAGGCUCAGAGCCAACCCUGGACCCACCUUGGGGAGCGCCGACCGCUGAGGCCCAGCUGGGACAGCGGCAGACACUGGAGGCGGCGUCUGGGUCCAGACCCCCGUCCUGCCCUGACCAGGUGCCGCCACUGCCACAGGGCUGCCGUGGACGCGACCUCAAGUCUAGGACUGGCUGCUGGCCUCGUGGGGUUUUCCAUGUUUUCAUUUUAUCUUGGCUUGUAAAUUUGUAGAAUUAAAUCACGUUUUCCUUGC